AUGACCUCCGGCACACAGUGGAUGGUGGACCUGACUCAGAACCAGACAGAGAUAUCUCAGCACGUUAGAAUCAUUUUCAGCGCAAUGACUGAUGCAGGAGAGUCCAAUAAGCAGUUAGCAGCCUCAUCUAUGUCCCUCAUUAUUGCUGAUUCAUCCGUGCACCACAGGCAGAAGACAGUGGUGACAGACAUGUGCUACCCGACAGAGAUAUCCAGCCUGAUGGACUUUGGCACUCAAGACUGUUCGCUAGGAAAAGAAGUCAGACCACAAUUUACAGUGGAGUCGAGCGGAGCCCGUGGUGAGGGGGACAUGAGGUCCGACAAGGAGGAGGGGAAGGCCGCACAGAGCUGCCUGCUGUGUUUCCAUAGUCCCGCUCUGACAGAGACCGAUGGACCGUCCCCUCGACUCUUAUCGGAGGUGCUGCAGCUCCACAUGUUGCUGCGUGAGGAGGUGGUCCAGCUCCAAGAGGAGGUCCACCUGUUGAGGCAAAUGAAGGACAUGUUGAGUAAAGACCUGGAGGAAACCCAAGGAGGCUGCUCCGCCAAUCUGCUCUCUGCCACUGAGCUCCGUGUGCAGCUGGGUGACAAAGAGCAGGAGCUGGACCGGGCCAAGGAGGCCUUACAAGCCAUGAAAGCUGACCGUAAGCGGCUAAAAGUGGAGAAAGGUGACUUGGUGAGUCAGAUGCAGCAGCUGUACACAACACUGGACAACAGAGAAGAACAGCUGCGAGAAUUCAUACGCAACUAUGACCAGCACAGAAAGGAGAGUGAGGAUGCAGUGAAAGUCUUGGCGAAGGAGAAGGACAUGCUGGAGAGGGAGAAAUGGGACCUGAAGAGGCAGACCAAAGAAGCUACGGAGCAGUCCAACAUCCUGCGCUCUCAGAUGGACAUGAAGGAGAACAGGAUUAAAGAACUGGAGGCUGAGCUCACCAUGGCAAAGCAGUCUCUGUCCACUCUGACAAAGGAUGUACCGAAACGCCACUCGCUGGCCAUGCCCACAGAGCCUAUAGUGAACGGCAGUCAGGAGUGGGUGAUGCAAACUGACCUGCCACUGACUGCCGCCAUCCGCCAGAGCCAGCAGACCCUCUACCACGCACACGCCACCGACAGACAGGCGGUGGUCAGGAUCAGUCCCUGCCACUCUCGGCAGCCCUCUGUGAUCUCUGACGCCUCAGCAGCUGAUGGGGACCGCUCAUCCACACCCAGCGAUAUCAACUCGCCUCGUCAUCGGACGCAUUCCCUCUGCAAUUCUAUGGAGGACCUGGAGGACCAGAAGCGUAAGAAGAAGAAGGAGAAGAUGACUCUGGGAUCCCUAUCACGGGUGUUCACUCGGAACAAGCAGCGCAAGUCACUGGACCCUGGCUUGUUUGAUGACUCUGACAGCCUCACACAGCACAGCCUGUCUGAUGGAGAGGAGCAGCUGGACCGCCUCCAGCAGGCGGAGCUGACUCGGACCACUUGCAUGUCAAUGUGGAGGGCUGGAGCCGUGCAGGCCUGGAUGGAGGUUGUCAUGGGAAUGCCUAUGUACCUCCGCGCCUGCUCAGAAAACAUCAAAAGUGGGAAGGUGCUGCUGGGCCUGACAGAUGAGGAUUUAGAGCUGGGUCUGGGCAUCAGUAACCCAAUUCACCGCAGAAAAGUCAGAUUGGCCAUUGAAGAUUACAGGAGAGCUGAAGGGGAACAGGGACUGUCAAAAGCCUCUGAGAUGGACCAUCACUGGGUUUCAGCGUCGUGGCUGAGUGACGUGGGGCUGCCUCAAUACUCCCAAACCUUCCAGAGUCACUUAGUGGACGGACGUGUGCUGAACUCUCUCAGCCGCAGGGACCUGGAGAGAUUCUUUAACGUCAGUGACCAGUUCCACCAGACCAGUUUGCUUCUGGCUAUUCAGCUCCUGCAGAUGCUUAGCUUUGACAAAGAGGCCCUGCAGACACGGCGGACAAAAUGUGAGCACCAAAACCAGGACCCGAUUGUUUGGACAAGUCACAGAGUGAUGAAGUGGAUCAGAGACAUAGACCUCAAGGAGUUUGCAGACAAUCUUCAGGGUAAAGGCAUUCAUGGGGCAGUGAUUGCUUUGGAUCAGUCCUUUGACACAGAUGCCAUGGCCAAAGCACUGGGAAUCCCCAGCAACAAACACAUGCUGCACAGGCAUCUCUACGAAGAGAUGAAGCUACUUGCUGUUCCUGCCAGUCAUGCAGAGCGGGAGGCAGAGAUUAUUACUUCUUCUCCUGUGGCUGUUAAGCGCUUUACUGAUGAGAGGGUCUCAAUCAGAAGAUCAGGAAAGAGUCCACUGAGGCUGCGUGCAAACAGCCACUCUGUGGAACGCGGGCUGGGCUUCCACGGCAGCUGUGGCUCUCUGCCCAGAGAGGCCCGGGUCCACGCUGUUCCCCGCGUCAAAGGCAGCCCCAUGCACACUUACAAGAGCGUUGAAAUCACCAAUGUGUGA